AAAGUCCAUGGUCAUGUGAUAACGAUCAAAAUGGCGGACGCCAGCACAACCCGGAAUCAGAUUGUUCCUGGGGAUUAAACGUUGUAUUUAUAGUACACAAUGUCAGAGGGGGUAAACCUGUCCCCUGAGGCCAUCCUGCAGGCAGCUACAGAAACUGAGGCACAGGUCUGGGUCCAGGCUGGGGCAACCAAUGAGAGAGAAGAGAGCUUUCAGUUUAACCAAUCAGAUGUUGGCUUUAACAUUCUACAGCAUGGAAAUUCUAGAAAACAGAUUCAUGAAUAUUUCAUGAGAUUUGAGCAGAGAAAAUGUUGUCUGCUCCUGGCUGCCUGCAAGCAGCGGUUUGCCAAUGUCAGACUGGUUCGCAAUGAUGGCCGUGACAGUGGUAUUGAGGAGGGGGCGAUGGGGAAGGCUGACCUGGCUCAGAAUGAAUCUGUCAUCGGCUUGGAUGCAGUAGAGUUCCAGGUGUUUAAGAAUGCCUUGAAGUGUGCAGCGUUUCCUGUCCUGGGGGCACCUGAACCCCCAUCAGGGGUCACACCCAUCCCUGCCCCCAGCCACACCCACAUAGGUGGGCUUAAAGGCAUCAUGGCAAAAAGGAAGGAAACCAGUCUAUCGCUGCAACAUGUAACCAGUCUGUCACCGUUAUCCAUGCAUGACAGCGGGGUGGAGGAUCAGGAACAGGAAGACUCCGCCCUUGUUCCCACAGAAACGCUCUGUGAACUUCUGCGGCGGGCCUUCAGACUUACUCAGGAGAAAUUCAACCACUAUGAGAAAAUUGUGAUAGCCCACAUUGACAAAAAGUCUCCUCAGAAGGUUCUAGCGGAGGAGCUGGUGCAGCAACUGAUAGCACUGGAGAACAACCAAAACCCCUUCUACAGCCCGAAAACCUUCCUGAACCGUAUUGGGUAUGAUCAAUGGCAGAAGAAAGAAAGACAACACAUCUCCGACCUGCUCAGCAAGUUCUGGCACUUUGGGCUUCCAACUCCCGCUGAUAAAACAGCCAAGAUGCAGUCUCUUCAUGGCCAGUACUGUAAGCUGAUGGAGAAGUUGAUCAGUUACGAAUCGCCGUAUCGCCAGGUUAGCGAGCUCAUUGCCCCGCCUCCUACCUCUCCGCUGUCAAUCGCGUCCGUACGUCUUCUCAAGGAAUUUGGACUGAGAUAUGGGGUGGGUGACCAGUACUGUAAAAUCGUGUAUCUACACUACCUGGCCUUGAACUUUGACCCAACGGUGUGGUUCAUCCAUCACAUAUCCCAGUCCCUCACUGUUGUCAUGGAAACCAUGCCCAGGGAUAGGUCGUGUCUGGUCAUCAUACAGGAAGAGUUUACAAUGCUCAAGGAGAGCCUCAACCUGUUGGAAGUGAAGUCCUCAACGGCCAUUGCCAAGAUGAAGACCCUGUUCUCCAAUAUUGGUUCCCGUCCUCUCGAUGGUGUGGAGCCCCUGGUGGAGCUUCUGUCCCUGACUCUACAGGCCAAGUCAUAUCUGCUGUCGAGCCCAGCUGCCAAUCUGGGCCCUGUACUCUUCAAGAUUGCCUAUUCGAUAUUUCCGACGACCUAUGAGAGGCACAAGAUGGUGUCGCAGGAUGAGCUGCGUCACAACAAGUGGAACACUGACCUAAGUCCAAAAUUGCUGAACAUGCUGAUUGGCCAUAUAAGAGAUGAGGUCCAGGAUUACAAAAACAACUACCAGCAGGCUUUUGAAAAGUAUUUUGAUAUCACAGUUGAGGCUGCCCAGGAAUUUUACCAUCUGCUGAUAGCGGACGUUGUCGAGUUGGUGAAACACACAACCAAGACUCAGACCGGCGGCCUGGAAAUUAACAGACUGAUGUUGAGUUUGGCAUACAGGCUGAAUCAGCUCGACCAGGACUGGCGACAUUACAUACCUCCCAGGUAG